CGCCAGAUAGCUGCAUUAGUUCCUGUUUAGCGGUGCUGCUUCAACCGAAAAGGGGAGUUAACAUAUUGUGGCCGCAGAUUACUGCGAAAACUUACUGCUGUGCGAAUCCUAGCUAGCUUGUAUGUCCUGGGUAUUUAUUGUGGGGAUUUCUAAAGCUGCCGGGAGUAACUACGCAGUUAGUUACCUGCAAACUAUCAAAAAAGAAAGAAAGUUGCAAAGCUGCAACGCCACCAGCUUGCCUACUUCUCGAAGACUGGGAUCUGGUCGCAGCUCUGCUCCAGCUAUUUGGACAAACCGUGCCUGGAGGGAGCGCAGCACAGGAUGAACUCAAUAUGAUUAAUUUCGUUAGCCAUCUUGUACGCUAACCCUAGCUAAUACAUUAUCAAGUCAGCAAACGUUGCGGCCACCCUUCGGGCACUUCCCCCAUCAACAACAACAAACUGGUGUGAGCAGCUAAAGCUUUAUGAAAUGAAAGCAACACAGUCGAUUUCUGUCCUUAGGACUGUUCUGAAUCUGAAGAUGUACGAGGACGCGAGUAUCGCUCUGUAGGAUCUCUUUUAGAGAGAUCAUUUUCAGGAGAAGGUAUGGACGAGCAGAAGUCAAACUGCGAAGAAAAUGAUUCAGAAACGGCAGCUGAUGAUGGUGCCUCUACUAAGGAGACUGUCCCUUUUUUGGGGGAAUCAGAUACCCCUCAUGCUGCAGAGGACAUCUCAGGCUCUAAUGUGGACACUUCCAGUGCACCAGUGGAGAUUGUCAGGGCCUGUGCGCUCUGUAACUGCGUGGAGAGAAGUCUUCAUGGACAACGCGAGCUCCGGUGUUUCAAGGCCUCUUCCCACCAGCCCCAUGCGGAGGCUUCUACCUCCUCACUGCCAUCGCCUGGAAAUGAUGACCUGUCUUCCAUUGGCUUCCCUGAAUCCACCAGUCUUGCGUUUCUCUUUGAUGACACAGGAAGCUGCUGGGUUCACCACUGGUGUGCAGUAUGGUCAGAAGGUGUGCAGCAGGGGGAGGGUGAGGAGCUGAUAAAUGUGGACCAGGCAGUCAUCUCAGGGAUACAGCAGCCAUGCGAUUAUUGUAAAAGGAUGGGUGCAACCAUCAGGUGCCGUGCUGAGGACUGCUCACGGUUCUACCACUUCCCUUGCUCGGCUGCAAGUGGCUCGUUCCAAUCCAUGAAGCAGUUGUCUCUCCUUUGUCCCGAGCACAUAGACAAGGCAGAGGACAUAGCUGGAGAGGAGGCACGCUGUGCAGUGUGUGAUUCUGCAGGGGAGCUCUUGGGUUUGUUGUACUGUACGGGCUGUGGGCAACACUACCAUGAUGCCUGCCUGGAGAUCAGCGCCACGCCACUCCAGCGUUCUGGCUGGCAAUGCCCAGAGUGCAAGGUGUGCCAAACCUGCAGGCAACCAGGGGAAGAUUCUAAGAUGCUGGUCUGUGACGCAUGUGACAAGGGCUAUCACACCUUUUGUCUGCAGCCAGCUAUGGACUCGGUACCACCUGACUCUUGGAAGUGCAGACGGUGUCGUGUCUGUACUGACUGUGGGACUCGAGGACUUGCUCUGUCUGGCUCGGAGCAGUGGUUUGAGAGCUAUUCAGUGUGUGAGAACUGUUAUCGGCAGCGCACAUCUGUGUGUGGGGUUUGCAGUAAAGUUACAGAGUCUCUGGUCUCUUUACAACACCGCUGCACCAUCUGCCACAGAUGGGUGCACAGUGAAUGUGCGCCUCUCUCUGAGCCCCCAGAAGAGAAAUGCAUCUGCUUAAUCUGCAGAGAAACACCUACCAAUGUCACAGAGACAGAGGUGUCAUGCACACAAGUGGAUGAGAAGGCAGAUCUGGAGGAGCCCAUGGAUUUGGGAACAGAAGCUGAAGUUAUUGAGGCAGCACAAGUGGAUGAAAGCAUUAUUGGGCAGCAACAGGAGAUGAGUGUAGACCUGAGUGGAGCACCCCUGGAUAGUGAAGUCCCCACAGAGCAGCAGACCCCUGUAGCUGAGGUUGCAGGUCCUGAAGAUGGAGUCAGAGACGUCUGUAAUGAAUCUGUUGCUGAUGGUGCUGUCAAUGCAGAGGAUAAGCCCGAGGACACUCAGGAACCUCCAGACAGCCUUGCUAGCUCCAUCACCAACACUAUGGUGGAAGCCCAACCCAAUGUAGCAGAGACCCAAACAGAAAGUCAUGUUCAGCCGCAAGAGGAAGCCAGUUCUCAGGGGGGGGAAGAGUUGAGCAGUAUUGUUACUGUUACUGUAAUAGAAACCUCUUCAGUCUCCUCCUCCCCUUCUCAAAUCCCUCCCCCAGCUGUUUCGGAAGAGGCAGAUGCUGUUGCAAUGGACACAGAGGAGAUGGACGCAGAGCCAGAGAUGCCUAAUGAAGAGGCAUCCAACAGGACUCCCCCUGCUCCUCAAGUGGAACUGCCCUCUGUUUCAGACACAGAUGACAGAACUGGUCAAUCUGAGGAGGAGGAGGAAGAUGAGGAAGAACACGGUGGAGAGGAGAUGUUAGAAGAUUCUAAAGAUGACAGUCAGGCAGAAGGUGAUCAGAAGCAGGAGGCUGAUGCUGCAGAAACAGGCAGCAAGCCAGAGCUGCUCCUUGAUGAAAUGUCCAACAUUAGCCAUGGUGAUGGGAGCAGCAGUGGUUUCCUAGGCUCUCCAGCAGAGGCUGACUCGCAGAUGCUGUCCACAGACCUCAGUGUUAUGCCAGCUUGUAGGCCACGUUCUGAUUCCUUGCUCACUGAGACUGAUGACUCCUUACCUUUUGACCCCCUCAAGUCUGAUGGAGAGAAGCUAAAGCGAAGAGGAUCUCCUGGUCGCUCAAGAGUGAAGCAGGGAAGGGGAGGUGGUUUCCCAGGAAAGCGAAGGCCACGAGGUGGGGGAGGUGGAAGAGGUCGAGGGCGAUCGCGGCUAAAAGCCAUGGCUUCUUGCAUUGAUGCCUUCUUGCAAACCAUGACAGCAGACACUGGACUUAGCAAAGAGGAAGAUGAGGAAGAAGAUGACACAAUGCAGAAUACAGUGGUGCUCUUCUCCAAUACUGAUAAAUUUGUUUUGCUGCAGGACAUGUGUGUGGUGUGUGGCAGUUUUGGACGAGGUGAAGAGGGCCAACUGUUAGCUUGUGCUCAGUGUGCUCAAUGUUAUCAUCCAUAUUGCGUAAACAGCAAGAUCACCAAGAUGAAGUUAAGAAAAGGCUGGCGUUGUCUUGAGUGUAUCGUGUGCGAGGUAUGUGGGAAGGCCUCUGAUCCUUCCCGAUUGCUGCUGUGUGAUGACUGUGAUGUGAGCUAUCACACCUACUGCUUGGAUCCACCCUUACACACUGUACCCAAGGGAGGCUGGAAGUGCAAAUGGUGUGUAUGCUGCAUGCACUGUGGAGCCAGCUCACCAGGGUUUCACUGUGAGUGGCAGAAUAAUUACAAUCACUGCGGUCCCUGUGCCAGUCUGGUCACAUGUCCUGUGUGUCGUGAGAACUUCAUGGAAGAAGAGCUGCUUCUGCAGUGUCAGCACUGUGACAGAUGGGUCCAUGCUGUGUGUGAAAGUCUCUAUACAGAGGACGAAGUUGAACAAGCAUCUGAUGAAGGUUUUGCCUGUACAGCUUGCACUCCAUUUGUUCCUAGACCUGUUGUGGAGUCUCCAAUGAUGUCAGCCUUCAAAAUUAAAGAGCCUGAGCCACAGUUCUACCGCUUAGAAGGUGUCUGGCUGACUGAGACAGGCAUGUCUUUGCUUCGAAGCAUCUCCAUGUCUCCCUUGCAUAAGCGAAGACAGCGCCGCUCCCGAUUGGGAAUGCUUUGUAUUGAAGGAGCCCCUGAUGGCCUUGAGAUCAAAGAAGGUGAAGGUGAUGGAGAGGAGGGGAAAGGCUCUGCUGAGGCAAUGGAGUGUGAAUCUAAACUGGAAGCUCCUGGAAGCCCAGACCGAGAUGGAGGUGCAGAUAAAGAGCCUGGGGUAGAUGGAGUUGCAGAGGGCAUGGCUGACUGUGAGGUUCUUAAAGGAGGAGCAGAGGAAGCGGAUGAAGGAAAGAAGAGGAAACGAAAACCAUACCGGCCAGGUAUUGGUGGGUUUAUGGUCCGGCAGAGGAAAUGUCACACACGGAUGAGAAAGAGCCUGAGUUUACCUGGGUCUGGUGAAGGUGUGUCUGAAGGACAGACAACAGAGACAAAGCUUGAGGAAGGCCCUCAUCCUGACAUGGAUCCACCUGAUAUUAGGGCAACAGAUGGAGAGGGUGAGCAAGCCAAAAAGCGGAGGGGGAGAAAGAAGAGCAAGUUGGAGGAUAUGUUUCCUGCAUACCUUCAGGAAGCUUUUUUUGGAAAAACAUUGCUUGAUCUGAGUAAAAGGGCUGUUCUUGCUCCUCCGGCACAGAGACCUUCUCAGGGCCUUCUGAGACCCCCAUUACCUGCUCCUGGAGCAAGGCCUGCAGCUCCUGAAUUGGAGGUUGGAGACAGAGUAUCUGGUGGCUCACUGCAACUUAAACAAGAGGCUGAUAGCCCAAAGCCUAAAGUGGUCCCCGGAGCAGGUGAGCAGCCAUCUCUCAAAGAUCAGAGUCUAGGUGAUGUCCCUGGAUCUGGUGUGCAGAAGAACGAAGGUCUUCCACAAGGGACGAAAUCAGACUCUGAGCAGUUCUUCCGAAGGUACUUGGGCCCUUCGGAGGGGAGUUCUUUGAGUGGGACGGUUCAGCUAGCAUAAAAACCCGUUUUAGAAGAGGAGUCAAAUCGCAGUGGUUUGCCCCAAAGAAACAUUUCAGGUGUGUCCUUGUCUAGCUCGUUGCCCUCAGCUAAUGUGAUGGAGUCCUUUCAAGGACUUUCCCAGUCUCCGUUUUUUGAUAUGCGUGAUCGAGGUGGACUUUUCAAGCAGAGCCAGGAUGAUGAAAGCCCUUGGGCAACACCAUCUACUCCAGCUACUCCUUCCACUCCCCCAACUCCUACUGAACAGGAAGGUGAUGGCCUCUCAUAUAAUCAACGCAGUCUGCAGCGUUGGGAGAAAGAUGAGGAACUUGGAAAUCUGUCUACAAUUUCACCUGUUCUCUAUGCUAACAUCAAUUUCCCUAACCUCAAGCAAGACUACCCUGAUUGGGCCAGUCGCUGCAAGCAGAUAAUGAAAAUUUGGCGGAAAGUAUCAGCUGCUGACAAGGUUCCCUUUUUGCAAAAGGCCAAAGAUAACCGAGCAGCUCAGAGGAUCAGCAAGGCACAGAAGCAGGCGGAGAGUCAGGUGUUAAGGCCGAUUAAAACUGAGACAGUUCGGGUAAAAGGAGAGCGCCCCAGUUUGCACCUUCAAAUUCCUCCACCCUCCGGAUCUCUUUCUACCCCCUCUCAGCCUAGUUCUGCUGACAGCCCGUUUCCCUUUACUCCAGAUACAGCAUCUUCUGCCUUUUUUCCAGAAGGACCUGUGAAGGGUUCAGGCUCAGCAAGUGUUCAGACAGACCCUUUUUCCAAGCUUCCAUCUCAGUCCCCACAAGCCCAGUCUCAGCCAUCCACUCCGUACUCACAGCCUUCCUCCAGUCCCCUGCAGGCCUCCUCAGGUUUUCCUUUACCUGGCCUACAGGGUGCUCCUCAGGGACGGCCAGCAAGUCUUGGCUCCCUAGAUGUGCAGACGGGGAUGCCUCGCAAGGCUCAUCACGUAGACCCAUUCUUUAAACCUCAACAGCAAGUCCUUCCAUCCCAGCCCCAGCAGGCUUCUCAGGAACCAGUAGGCCUUCCUGAGAGUCCUCAACCCAAAGGUAGUGGGACUGGAGACUCACCUUUGUUUUCCCCACACCACAUGACUCACCAUGGAGACCCAUUUCGUGGCCAACAGGGAAUUGGCCGACAAGAUUAUACUUCAUCUCCAUCUCCCUCUUCUAUAACAUCUCCAGCUGGAAUGGGGCAAAACAGGACAGAUAUGAGUGCCCCUUCUCCCCGUGCCUGUAUUGGUCGACAUGAACUAGGCAGUGGUUCUCCUGCCAGCAUGCUGGACACUGGAGAUGGCCUGUUCAAAGCUCCAUUGACACCACGUGUGCAUCAAGGGGAUGUUGGAAGCUCAUCUGCACCACUUCCUUCUGUUGCCUCUCCUGGUCAUCCUCCAGAGAACUAUCGUCAGUCUCCCUCUACGUUUUCUGAUCCAUGUAGCCAGCCUCCUCUCACACCUCGGCCACAGUCAGGAGACAGUUCUUCUCCCUUGCCCCAAAGACUGCCUGUACCCCAGCAAGAAUGCUAUGCGAAAGUGGCCUCUAGCCCUCAGUCACAAGGCAGUUCACAGUCCCCUCUUACUCCAGGAGCCCUCUCUAAUGAUGGACAUUCUGUCCAGUCACCAGCUACCCCACGCUUUCAGUCUCCAGAUCCUUACUCUCGGCCCCCCUCGCGUCCUCAGUCCAGAGACCCUUUUACCUCACAGCUCAAACCUCCUCGCCCAACCUCAGCAGCCACAGAGGUUUCCUUUAGAGGCUCACCUCAUCCUAGCCAGCAGCCUCCUUGUUCAGCUUCUGUAGGAGAUCCACUCACUGGAAAACCACCUGGACCUCCAACUUUUAGUCGCAGCCCCAGCAUGAGCACUCUUCAAAUCGGUCAGCAGCAGGCAAUGAUCCAGCAGCAAGUGAUAAGUCCUCAACAAGCUCAGGUUCAACUCCAGCAACCAUCAUCCCAGCCACAAAGUGUGACUGCAGAUUUAAACUCUAGAAUAGUGCUACCAUCUGGAAAUCAGGACAGUGCUUCUGUAAGACCACCAGAUGGGCCGCAUCUACCAGGCAUGCCAAGUGCCCAAGAACUGCCUGACCUGCCAGCUGGUCAGGAUCAAUCUCUCAUUGGCCUUAGUCCAUCAGAGCUUGAAAAGCACAGACAGAGGCAGAGACUUAGAGAAUUUUUGAUCAGACAGAAAAUGCAGAGGAACUCUCUUCGUCAAGAGAAAGAGGUAACUGCAGCUAAUAAUGCUCCAAAUUGGCAAGAAGGGGAAGUGGCAGUCUAUCAACAAGAAAAAUCUCAGCGUGCACCACCUCCUUACCCACAGGAUAGAGCACCUGUUGCUCAGGUACCAGUCACUGGCAAGCUGCCUCUACCUAUGGGAACAGUAGAUGAAAAACUGUGCCGGCCACCUCCUCCUGGAACACCUGGCGUCAUGGACCCUAAUGUACUAAGGCAACCUGGCCCUAAUAUUCCUCAGGGGAUGUAUCCUUGUCCACCUUUUCCUGCGCAGUGGCAUGGUCAGACACCUGGUCCACGGAGGUUUCCCCAACCUUCCAUGUUGGAAAUUGGGCCCAGGCACCACCUAAAUGCUCCUAUAAACAACCCUCUCAGUAUGCAGGGGAUACAGGGUAUGCCUAAUCCACUUGCAGUGGCGCAAGGUGCUGGAACAGAGACAAUGCAAGCAUGUGCUUCUGGACCUCCACCACAGUUUAUAGAACUGAAACAUAAUGCCAGACCACUGGCACCCCAGUUUUUGCCAAGGGCACCUCAGCCCCGCCCACGUUUGUUUAUAUCACAACAGGAAGUGGCUGCUUCGUUUGUGCCACCAUCUGUUGAUGCGCAGACAGAAAGUGGGCAGGAUCCCAGAAUUGGGCUGCCACAACCUAGUCUAGGCAUAUUAAUGUCUCAGCAGAACAGUGUUCCUCAACCUCAGUCCCAACUACAGCCCCAGCAGAUGCCAUCUACACCAUCAAACACACCUGGUCCCUCCCAUUCAACCACUCAGCAACAAGGUUCUCAGGCUAACACUGUAGGAGAGCAACAGUCUGCAGAGGAGCCUGUUGACUUACCAGAGCCUGACCUUGAAGACCCCUUUGCUACCAAAGAAUUGGGUGAUGCAGUAGCAGAACCUGGAGUAGAGGAUGAAGAUGACCUUGCUCUUGACUUGGAUCCUGAUAAGGGGGAUGAUGAUUUAGGGAACCUUGACAACCUUGAAACAAAUGAUCCCCAUUUGGAUGACUUGCUUAAUAGUGAUGAAUUUGAUUUGCUUGCAUACACUGACCCUGAACUUGAUCAGGGUGACCCUAAGGAUGUUUUUUCCGACCAGCUGCGACUUGUUGAAGCAGAAGGCGAAGGUUCAGGUCCUUCCAUCACCACGGACAUUAAGAUAGAAGAGAAACCUAAGGUUAGUUUAAUUGCUAAGGACUCACUUGCAACUCCCACACAGCCUCCUUCAAAAACUGAGAGCAUAUCUUCCAGUGUUUCUCAUCCCUUCAAGACCGAGUCUUCGGAUACAAGUGGACUCUCUUCUAUAAAACUUGAAGAGAAAGGCUUGGUUGAGCAGCAGCAGUCAGCACAGACUGUGGUUAAAGAUGAGAUGCGAGAGGCUGUCUCCUUGCUUCUGAGUGGAACAUCGUCCAAGACCUCGGCUCAGCCAGAGAAUGCUUCUGCCUCGCUGAGUACCGUACGCUUAGGGGGUGUGCCGUUUCCUCUUCCUACCCAAGCUGAUCCCCUGCCUUUUCAAGCGCCUACAUCACAUUCAGACCUUGGUGAAGAUCACCUUAGUUUGCCAGAUGGUGAAGGCCAGCACUCACCUGCAGUUGAUCUUGACAAAGUAGAAAGCUCUUUGGAGGCAAGUGAACUGCCUUUACUAAUUCAGGACCUCUUGGAGCAUGAAAAGAAAGAGCUGCAGAAACAGCAACAGCAGCAGCAACAGCAACAGUUGAAUGCUUUACAGGGAGGUUUGGGCAGUCAUCUUCAUAAUCUACAGAAUCAGCAGCAACCUCCUGGUGGAACGAACCAGAUUAUGCUGCCCCAUCAUCGUCCACCUCAGGGUCUUGUGAGUCAACCUGGAAUGGUGCCAAGGCCACCUCACAUGCUGUCACCUCAGCAGCAGAGGCUGCUUGGUGCAGCUAUGCCUCCACCACCUCAUCUAGCAAUGGGACAGCAGCAAGGCAUAAUGCGAGGUGGACAGCCAAGCAGCAUUCACCCUGGUCUUAAUCCACAGCAGCAAGCGGCACCCCCUCAACACCUUCCAAAGCAAUCAACCCUCCCUAGCAACUUCUUUCCAGAUAAAGAUCUGGAGAAAUUUAUGACCGAUGACAUUAUGGACCCUAUUGCCAAGGCAAAAAUGGUGGCCCUGAAAGGCAUCAAAAGGGUGUUGACUCAAGACCCCAUGGGUGUACCUCCUGGGAUCAACAGGCAACAAGUAUCUCUCUUGGCUCAGAGGCUAACCUCAGCUCCAGGAAGUGUAGAAACUCAGACUCACCUUGCACCUGGAUCAUCUAAUGAUGGGGAAAGCAGUGACCAGACUCAGGCACGACCUAAUCCUCCUCAGUUUGUCCAAGGCAUCAUCAAUGAUGCUGAGCAGCACCAAUAUGAAGAGUGGCUUGUGCACACCCAGCAGUUGCUACAGAUGCAGUUAAAGUUCCUAGAGGAGCAAAUAGGAGCACAUCGCAAGUCCCGCAAAGCUCUAUGUGCUAAGCAACGCACUGCUAAGAAAGCAGGACGUGAAUUUGCAGAAGCAGAUGCUGAAAAAUUGAAAUUGGUCACUGAAGAACAGAGUAAGAUCCAAAAACAGUUAGAUCAGGUACGCAAGCAGCAGAAGGAGCACACUAAUUUAAUUGCUGAGUACAGAAGUAAGCAACAACAGCAUCAACAGGGCACCUCAAUGCUGGCACCUGGUCCUUCCAAUCAGGGGCCCCACAUGCUUUCUAAGAUACCUGGGCAGAUGAUGAUGGGCCAACAAGGGGGACCAAUGAUGGGUCAAGUACCUGGAGGCAUUCCUCCAGGUGGUAUGCCGGUUAGAAUGCCACAAGGGCAUGCAUUUCCUGGAACCCAGCCCCCCCAUCCUGCAGCACUUGGUACUGUACCACCUGGUGCACCCGGUGGAUUCUUUCCACAAGGCACUGGGGCACAAGGACCAGACCCAAGACUUCUUCAAGAACGACAGUUACAGCAAAGGAUGCAAAUUGUUCAGAAACUGCAGCAGCAGCAGCAGUUUAUGAUUGGUCAGCAGCCGGUGUCGCAUCAGAGUCAGCAGCAGGGUGUUAUGAGUCAGCAGGCAGGUCCUAUCGGUGGUCAACCACCCCAGCCUUUGAUGAGUAACACAGUAAUGGGGCAGCAGCCACCAAAUCUACCACCAGGAUUAAUAUCUAACCAACAUCAACCAGGCCUAAUGCAGGUUCCUCAGGGUAUGAUGGGGAACCAGGCAGUCGGACAGGCACAGCCAAAUCUUAUACCGCAGCCAAUAUCCCAGAAUCAAAAUAUGAUUGCUGGCCAACAAAGCAUAGCUGGAAAUCAUACUUUGCAGCAGCUUCAGAGACCUCAGGGUUUGAUGGGUCAACAGGGGCUUGAUGGACCACAGCAUGUUCUUAGAGGGUCGCAAACCCAACUUACACCUCAGCAGCAGAGCAUUUUGGCACAGCGUAUGCUUCUUUCUCAACAACAGCAGAAUACAGCAAAGAACCUUGCUCAGCUCCAACAGCAGCAAGUUCAACAACAGAGACAACCAACACAAGUAGGCCCACCAGAGCCACCAAGAACACAAGGAACUCCUCCCUCAAGCAACAUUCAAGGGAAUGUUGAAAAUUUGCAGCAGGGAGUUCCAGGACUCUGUCAAGAUGUCCAGAAUUCUGCUGCAAAAGAAGGAAUCCUCAGUCCUAAAACCCCACCUCAGCAGGGUGGUGGACCCUCAACUCCAAUCCAGAUACAGCAACAAGGGCCAAGUGGAGAUCUGCAGGGAGCUGCUGGACAGCAACAACCAUCAAUUGCUUAUAUUACUCAACCACAGCAGCCAACACCGCAGCAAUCGGGACAAAAUCCUGGCCCAUUGCAACAUGCAUACGUAAAUAAUCAGCAGGCUGGAACACAAGUACAACAGCAGCAACAGCUGCAGCUUGCUCUUCAGAGGCAGAACUCCCUUAAUACAGAAAAGGUGAAACAGGAAAGUCAGCAGAUGUGUUUUGUGGCCCAGCAGCAACAACAGAUGGGUCAGAAUAUUGGACAAGAACUACAGGUCAUGCCAGGACAGCAGACUGGCCAGAACCAGUCUAUAAUGUCUGGAAAUCAAAAUCUGCAACAAGAUCUACUGGCCCAACAGCAGAAACAAGCUAUGCUUGAGCAGAUGAAUAGAGGUCAACAAGUAAUGAUGACUCCAAGGCCAGGGGCUCCCCCUGGACAAAUCCGAACUCCUAUUAACAUACAGGCCAUCAUUGCACAAAAUCCUCAGCUCCGUCAUCUGACCCCUAAUCAGCAGAUACAGCAAAUUCAGGCGAUGAUUGCUCAGCGGCAGGCACAGCACCAGGGCCAGAUGCUGAGGUUGCAGGCACAAACACAGGCCCAAAUGCGUCCUCAAGGUCCACAAGGUCAACCUGUUGGCCCAAGGUUGCCAGGACUUGAGGCACAGCAACAACAUCCCUAUGCAUUUGUUGGUAAGCAGGGGCCAGCUGGAUCUCCACAGCAACAAGGAGCAACAGGCCAGUCCAUAGUCAUGGCUCCUCAAUAUCUUCAAGAUACUGGAUCAUUGCAGCACCACCAAACACCACAAGGAACCUCACCUCAAUAUAUCAGUAAUACCCACCAACAGCAGCAGAUGAUGCAGCAACAGCAACACCCAAUGAUCAGAGGUCAGGUACCUUUAACACGACCAAUGAUGGGUCAGAUUCGUGCAACUCCACUUGGUCAAAUGACAAGACCAAUGUCCCCACGCCAGCUUAUGGGUCAAGGUUCUCCCGGUAGCCCCCUCUCUAGUCAGCAAAGACAAAUAAUGGGUAUGCGUCAGACUCCACCAGGCCAGCAUGGGGUGACAGCUCUUAGCCCUUUUCAGGCCUCUCCUUCUCAUGUUAAUUCUCCGAAUGCCUCAACUGUCCAAGAAGCUGGAUCAAGUCCAGCAUCAUUUAAUAAACGUGAUUCAGGCACUCCUUCUCUGCCUGCCCACCUUUCACCAGGGAAAAGCAGUGCUGGAAAAUGUAGUCCUUUUAGCAGUGUUGGAGUAUUAGCAGCCUCACCACUAAGAUCUCCAACAGCUAAAACUCCAAGUGAUUUAUCAGGUCUCAAGUCAGAGCCACAGGCCCUAGGUUCUGAAACGCAUGGUAUUCCACCUAAUGGUCCUUCCCCUAAGUCAAUGCAGAAUCUGACACAGCCAUCAACUUCAGCAAUAGUGGGUGAAGUACAUUCAACACCAAUGAGUAGUGAAGCUGAUCUAUGCAAGAUCACACUGGAAAACAUAAAACAGGAACCCAGAGAGGUUCAGUGUGACUCAGGAGGGGGUCAAGAGGUCCCCUCUCCUCCUAUUAAGCGAGAAAUAACUGGAGAGAUAGUCAGUGCCAGUAAUUCCUCUGGUUUUAUCAACUCUGUCUCUGGCCCUGGACAUCCACCAGGAGACUCUGCAGCACAAACUCCCAGAACGGAGACAGGCCAACAACUAUUGCAGAAGCUUCUUCGAACUAAGAACCUUCAGGUGGCAUCCCAGAGGCCGUCUGAUGGUAUCCACAAUGAAAUAAAUGGUCAUAUAAACAGCAAGCUGGCCAUGUUGGAGCAAAAACUUCAGGGGACACCACGCAACAUGGAGGAUCUCCAGUCAAUCACAAAGAGAGCUCCUGUAACAAAGGCAAAGCGUACUCCAAAAGCUGGAGAUCGAGGGCCAAACUCAAGGAAGAAGACUAAAAAAGACGAAGUUGGAAAAACUGAAGCAAUAAUGAAGCAACUUAAACAAGGACUCUCUCUUCUUCCUUUGAUGGAGCCUUCCAUAACUGCUAGCCUGGAUUUGUUUGCACCUUUUGGUAGCAGCCCAGCUAAUGGCAAGACACAACUGAAGGGCUCUUUUGGAAAUGCAGUAAUCGACAAUAUUCCAGACUAUUAUUCUCAACUCCUCACUAAGAAUAACCUCAGCAAUCCCCCAACACCACCUUCAUCUCUUCCCCCAACGCCACCCCCUUCAGUGCAACAUAAGCUUUUGAAUGGUGUUACUGCAGUAGAGGACCUAUCAGAAGGCCAGAAGGAGAGAGAGACCUCUGAGGAUACCUUGGACUCUACUCCAGAUGAGGUGAAGGGUGUGGACAUACUAGCAGCGCUUCCCACUCCUCCACAUAAUCAGAAUGAAGAUGUGAGGAUGGAAAGUGACGAUGACAGUGACGCUCCAGACAGCAUUGUACCUGCAUCAUCGCCCGAGAGCCAACUGGGAGAGGAUACAUCACGUUUCCCUCAUCUACUGGAGCCCAAGGAAGAGGAGGAGGAAAGGGCCAUUUCUCCUGUCAUACCAAUCAUCCCUAGCUCUGCCAUACCUACAUUUCCAGAGACAAAACCCUUUGAUGCAGUGGAGGGAAAGGCUGGCUCCUCUUUAAAUCCCUGGGACAAAGCCAAGAGUAACGAAGUGUCCGUUACCUUUACCCUCUCGACAGCUGCUGCCAAGAAUCUGAAUUCUGUGAUGGUGGCAGUUGCUCAACUACUACAGAUGCGUUUGCCCGGGUCCUAUGAGGUGGCUUUCCCCCAGAGUCCUGGUAGAACAGGUGGUGUUGGUCCUGGAAAAGCACCUGACUCUUCCAGCCCAGGAGCCUUAUGUGUAAAGACUGAUCAGUCUACAAGCCAAGAUGAAGAAUGGCUCAGGCAGUUUGAUGUCACAUUGCCAGGCUGUACUCUAAAGAAGCAGGUUGACAUUUUGUCCCUCAUAAAACAGGAAUACCCUGAGCACGAGGAGCGGCCCGCUCAGCAUUGUUACAUGACCAAUGUGUCUGACCUUGAUGUGCGACAUCUUCCUGUUAUUCCUGUUGAGGCCUCACCACCCCCUUCACCUUCACCACCACCUCCACCAUCAGCAUCUGGUGAACCUGAACCUGUCGCUCAGUUAAACACUGACAUUCAAACAGAGCCUGAACCUGAGCUCUCAGCAAAUCCAAAGUCACCUUCCAUCCCAUGCAUUUCUGUUAAGACAGAGCCUCCAGGUGAGCCUCCUCAGAGCUGUCCUGUUAAGACUGAACCUGAGUCUGAGGUGGCCCUACUACCUCCUCCAGCUGCCCCAUUUGAGGAAGAUCCUGCUCCUUCCGCUGCCUCCAUGUCUCAGGAUUCCCCAACAGUAGAAAUCUGUCCUAAACCCAUCAAACAGCGCAGCAGGCCCCUCUUAGAAGAGGAAGAGAUACGUCCCAAGAUUAAGAAAUGGAAAGGUGUGCGCUGGAAGCGCCUUCAUCUGGUUAUCACCAUCCGCAAGGGCAGUUCCAAGAAAGAAAACAGCCGGGAGGUGUCUGAACUCAUGGAGCGCCUGCGCAUCACACUUAGACCAGACAAGCUUCCCCGAGACAAGCGCAAGUGCUGCUUUUGCCAUGAGGAGGGUGACGGUGCCACUGAUGGCCCAGCUCGUCUUCUUAACAUUGAUGUAGAUCUGUGGGUGCACCUUAACUGUGCCCUGUGGUCUACUGAGGUCUAUGAGACACAAGGUGGUGCUCUCAUCAAUGUGGAAGUGGCCCUUCGGCGUGGCUUACGCACACGCUGUGCUUGCUGCCAGAAGACUGGCGCCACUAACAGCUGCAACCGUCUACGCUGCCCUAAUGUCUACCAUUUUGCCUGUGCCAUCAGAGCACACUGCAUGUUCUUCAAAGACAAAACCAUGCUCUGCACCCAGCACAAGCUGAAAGGCCCCAGUGAGGAGGAGCUCAGCAGCUUUGCUGUCUUCCGCCGAGUCUACAUCGAUCGAGAUGAAGUGAAGCAGAUUGCCAGCAUCCUUCAGCGUGGCGACCGCAUACACCUGUUCCGGGUUGGCGGGCUCAUCUUCCACGCUGUGGGUCAACUCCUGCCCUCUCAGAUGUCUGCCUUCCACUCGCCCACUGCUAUAUACCCAGUGGGUUACGAGGCCACACGCAUCUACUGGAGCACGCGUGUGCCAAAUCGUCGUUGCCGCUACCGCUGCCGCAUUAGUGAGCUGGAUGGCAAGCCCUUGCUUGAAGUACGUGUGCUGGAGCCUGGACAGGAAGACAUGCACUUCCGGGACAGUAGUCCAGAUGGCAUCUGGGACAAGAUUGUGCAGAAGGUUGCCAAGCUGCGUGAAGAUGCAGCUAUGCUUAAGCUCUUUGCCGAUCAUGUGAAGGGAGAGGAGAUGUACGGGCUUACUGUCCAUGCUGUGCUGCGCAUAACUGAGUCGCUUCCAGGGGUGGAGAACUGUCAGAACUACACAUUCAGAUAUGGCCGCCAUCCUCUUAUGGAGCUUCCUCUCAUGAUUAAUCCCACUGGUUGUGCACGCUCUGAGCCCAAAAUUCUCACACACUGCAAACGGCCCCAUACGUUGAACAGCACAAGUAUGUCUAAAGCCUACCAGAGCACAUUCACAGGGGAGAUAAACACCCCCUACAGCAAACAGUUUGUGCACUCGAAGUCUUCUCAGUACCGUCGUUUGAAGACUGAGUGGAAGAACAAUGUGUACCUGGCUCGCUCCCGUAUCCAGGGGCUUGGUCUGUACGCAGCUAAAGACCUUGAAAAACACACUAUGGUUAUUGAGUACAUUGGUACCAUCAUUCGUAACGAGGUGGCAAACCGGCGGGAAAAGAUCUAUGAGGAGCAGAAUCGUGGGAUCUACAUGUUCCGCAUCAACAAUGAGCAUGUAAUAGAUGCCACCCUCACUGGGGGGCCUGCCCGCUACGUCAAUCAUUCCUGUGCACCCAACUGUGUUGCGGAGGUUGUGACCUUUGACAAAGAGGACAAGAUCAUCAUCAUUUCCAGCCGCAGAAUCCCCAAGGGCGAGGAGCUGACAUAUGACUAUCAGUUUGACUUUGAGGAUGAUCAGCACAAGAUCCCCUGCCAUUGUGGAGCCUGGAAUUGCCGAAAAUGGAUGAACUAACAGGGAGAGAGAGCGAGAGCGUGAAACACGCCUUUUGCGCCCUGGUGCCAGAUAACGUCUGCGCCAAAGCCUCAUUUAACCUUUUUACCCAGAUCAUAAGCUGUUCUGAAACAAGAGGAGGGAAAAGCGUUUACUCUCCGUCGGUGGAAAGAGAAGACUUUUUUUACAUCAGGAGCCAAAGCUUUGAAGAGAGUAAAAUUUAAAGCCACAGCCUUUUCAAAUGAGCUCAAAGGUGUGCUUUGAGUAGUCUUGUUAAACUCGCCUCUGCCAAAAGCACCUCCUUCCUACUUCCUCUACUGUUCCCCUCCAAUAAGCUGACUCUGGCUGGAAUCAAUCCUCUCUACAUCUACCAAAAUGUCUGAUUCUGUAUCAUAUCAAUACACUUAGGGUAGAACUCAGUGAAAAGUUUGAUUAAAGCCAUUUAAGUACUCAGAAAUGAACUAAUACACUUUAGCUUUGGACCUAUAUCUUUUUUUUUUUUUUUUUUUUUUUUUUUUUUUUCCUUUUUUUCUUUUUUUUUUUUUUUCUUUCUUACCACCUGUCACCCCAGAACAACACUCUCCCAUCAAGUCAUCAGUGAAGAUUGACAACAUGGAUAUUGGCAAGACAAUCCUGGAGUGGCUCAGAUCGAAUCCAUGUAUCUAUGGUGGAUAAGAUGUAAGAUAAUAUAAAGUUUAAAUACUAUUUGACCUGUGGCUCAAAAGGCACCAGAUGUUUUAUUAUAUUGAGUUUAAAGGUGGGUUCGGUUGACCCAGUCUACCUCAUUGAGUUUGUGGGAAGUGACUGCUUUGUAUUAAACUGUUAAGUGCUACUGUGGAAAGGGGAAGGUAGUGUGUUGUCAUGGCAGUUGCCUUCUCGGUUAAGCAGGGAACCUUGAGCAGCCGGUUUGCUCCUAUCUAUUUUGCUUAUUAUUUACAGUAGUGAGCCAUUGCAACUCAUCAAUAUACAAACUACAGAGCCUAUAUGACAGUUUCAAUAUGAUCAUGCAUUAUUCAGAGCAAUCAAAAAACCAAAUGGGUGUCCCAGUCUUGGAGGCCACCUGGUCUGAAUGACUGUAGAUCUCAUGUAGCCAUUUUUCCUUACUGUCUGCCUCAGUGCAUCUACAGAUCAUGCUUUUCUUUUUCUUUUCUUUAAAAUUUUAUUUCAAGCGCACAACCAAAUCCACUCAUACAUUGCUAAGGACAGUGACUUUUGCAAAUAGCCGAAUAACACCUAGCUUAAAACCUUGAAGUGAAGCAGAAUCGUGGAAUCAUGGGUGCGGUUGGAAGACGAUUACGUUUUGUGACGCUCAACCGAAAUAACAAUCGAUGCUUCAGGCUCUUUUAAUAAUUGUGAUGCAAGACUACUAUUAUGUUUGACUUGUUUUCCAUCUUAGUUUUUAAUCGCCCAUGUUCAUUAGGUCUUCAUUUGAGCUCAUCACUCCAAACCAGAACUGUUCGUAUGCCUCUUCCUCUCUGUAAUACUUAGUGGACUGUUGUAAACUUUACUGUAGUGAACCUUUCUCUGCCUGACCACAGUCAGUGUGCGUAAUCCCUGUAUUGUGGUGUGAUACCUGUUGGCACUGUCUUUUAGAGGCUUGAAACAAUGGCAGAGAAAGACUUUAAAAGGGCAUUUGUUUUUUUUGUGUUUUUUUUUUUCUUUGAUAUUAAAGUAAUUUAAAAACAUCUACAAAAAAAAAGUUAAUCUUCAGAGAAGGGAGCCGAACAAAGUCUCCACGAACCGCGUACUACUUUGUUCCUUCCUCCCCAGAUGUAUGACCUCACAGUAAAAAGAAAUGCAAAAUGUACAAACUGUAUAUAAUGGGGGAGGGCAAAAGCUCUUUAUCCGACUUCUUCUUUUUAAUCAAUAAAAUCAAAAUUGUAGAGAAAUAAAAUUGAUGGAAUAAAAAAACCACUGGAUAUCAUUUUAUCAGAAAGAUUAAAUGUGUAUAUAUCUAUAAAUAUAUGUAAAAUGGCAAACGAAGUAAUAUCUUGAUAUGUAUAUGAAUCGGAGUGUUUUUUGCAUUUACCUGUUUUUUCUAUUAGCAUUUUUUUGCUAUAAGACCAUAUACAGUUUAACAGAAAUAGUGUGCUGGUUAUCUUGUGUUCACCAAUGAUAUGGAUGAGUGGUUGAGGUGAUUGAAACAACAUUUGACAUGGGCUUCAUGUUGGAAAGUAGUCCUGAUUUAAUAUUACUUCAUCAAGCGAAUCGGUCCUUUUUUCGGGGGGGGAAAAAGCAGUAGAAUGGUGCAUAGCAUUUGUGUAUUUAUGUAAUAUUGUUCACAUAUAUUUCUUCUUUUAUUUAUGCUACUGCUUGUGAAAUACCUGAAAUACUGAAACCUGUCCUUGAAUUGGUUACCAUUUGAUGAGUAAAUUCUCUAAAUAGAAAUUCUUGAAGGUCCUGAGACGAUACUGUUUUUGAGCUUAGUGUCAUGUUGUUAUUUUAUUUCCUCCCUGUAGAAGUGAACGUGUUUAUAUAACUUGUGAAACGGCAAUAUAGCCAGUGUAUGCUAUGACUUUGAUAUUCAACGAUAUCCCCGUACUUACCCAAGAGAGAGAAUUGCACUCUGAAGUGAUUUUGCCUAGAAAGUCAGUUUGAGACUAAUAGCUGAAUUGGUGAACUCUGUCUGUUGUGUGUAUCUUGUCAAGGGAAGUUGAUUAUAAAGCUCACAGGCACUCACUGGAUUUUAGCCUAACUCCUACCUUCUGAUCGGUUAGAAUAUCUUAAUUUAAGGUCUCUCUGCAUAUCCUUUAAUUUAAUAAAUAGAUAAAUAAAAUUGCUGAUUUUUUUUUUUUCUUUCUUUUUUUAACCCAACCUACUUUUUAAAAAAGAUGCUGCAUCUGUACAGCAGAGCUACUUUUAGGAAGAUAAAAUGAUCAUUUUUAUUGUAUGUGGCAUGUUUUGUAUGGAUAUAAUUUUGAAUUGUACAUAUUUUUUGAUGACGCCAGAGGUUGCAUCACUUUAUAUACAGCUGCCCCCUUCCCUUCCCUCUUCCAUUUUCUUUGUCUCGGCUUUAUUUCUUGUAAAGGAAAAUAAAAUGCAUUUUAAAUAUAA